UAAUUUGGCUAUAAAUAAGGACACUAUGAGCUCAAAUAUGUGCACUGAUCUCUACUCAGCUUUUCAACAAGCUCCAACCAAGGAUUCAUCCUGAAUUCAGAGAGACUCUUCAUCCACUGAACGAGCAGCAGGUUUACUCCAAAAGACCUGUAACUUUACUCUGCAGAUUACACCAGCUAUGACUCCUCAGUCUCUCCUCCUGUCCGUCCUGGUCUCCUUGUCUGUCUUCACCACUGCCACCUGCAGUCCCGUGUGCAACAACCGCUGCUGCCAUUUCGUGGACGGCUUCCACGUCCGACUAAAGCAGCUCAGACAAGAUUACGCACAGAUCCGAGACUUCUACGAAGCAAACGAUGACUUGGACACAGCGCUGCUAGACCAGAGCGUGGAGAACUCUUUCAAAAGUGACUUCGCUUGCCACGCCAUGAACAGCAUACUGGACUUCUAUCUCGGCACAGUUCUGCCCACAGCGCUGGCCGAGGAGUCAGACGAGACCAGGGACCUGAAGCCGCACAUGGUGUCCAUACAGCAGAUCUUCGAUGGGCUCAAGAGUGAUGUCACGAGAUGUAGGCAUUACUUCUCCUGCAAGACCCAGUUUGACAUCAAAACUCUAAACUCUACUUACACCCAGAUGGAAAGUAAAGGGCUGUACAAGGCGAUGGGUGAGCUGGACCUGCUAUUUAACUACAUUGAAGCAUAUUUGGCUUCUAAACGACACAGGAAUCUUGUGGCCUCUGCAUGAAGACCUGACCACUCUGAUCAAAAUGUGACUUUGCUCCUCUUAGGAAAAAGAGAAAA